UCACUAUGUGUCAGUGACCAAACCCAAUCUGCAAGAAAACACAAACAGGAUUAACUGUGUGUGACUGCCGGCUUCAUGUUCAUGGCUUUCAUUUCGUGUUUGUCAGGAGCUGCUGAAUGUGAGAUGACCUGUUCAUAUGUUGUUCAGACCGUCAAGGGACUGAAAGAAGUUCUCUAGAGGAGGAUCAAACUCUCUUCCUCACCACGGACACAGAUUAUUGCAUCUCACUGGCAGAACUCUGUGAGGGGAACAUCCUUAAGGGAGCCAUCAUCAAGAAGCCAAAAUGGCUGACAAUGUGCAUACAUUGCCAUUCUUCUAUGGCAACAUCACCCGGGAGGACGCAGAAGGAUACCUUAAUCAGGCAGGCACUGGCAACGGUGUGUACCUGCUACGGCAAAGCCGCAACUAUCUUGGAGGCUUUGCACUCUCUGUGUUGCACUCAGGCCGCUGCUACCACUACACCAUUGAAAGAGAACCAAGUGAAACAUAUGCUAUAGCUGGUGGUAAGAGCUACAUGAGCCCUGAGGAUGUGAUUGACCACCACUCACAGGAGAUGGACGGCCUUGUGUGUCUCCUCAAGAAGCCCUGCAACAGGCCCAAGAACAUGCAACCGAAGGUGGGGCCGUUUGAGGACCUGAAGGAAAAACUGAUCAGGGAGUAUGUAAAGCAGACCUGGAACUUGCAGGGGACAGCUCUGGAGCAGGCCAUCAUCAGCCAGAGGCCUAAGCUGGAGAAACUCAUUGCCACCACUGCACAUGAAAGAAUGCCUUGGUUCCAUGGAUUAAUUACACGAGAAGACUCUGAGCCCAGGUUACAAAGUGCCUUCCGUACAAAUGGAAAAUUCCUGAUUCGACAGAGAGAUUUGAAAGGAUCUUACGCGCUUUGUUUACUACAUGAAGGACAAGUCAUGCAUUAUCGCAUUGACAGGGACAAGAAAGGAAAACUGUCUAUCCCAGAUGGCAAGAAAUUUGACACCCUGUGGCAGCUGGUGGAGCACUACUCAUACAAACCAGACGGCCUACUGCGGGUGUUAACAGAGGCCUGUCCAAGACCUGAUGCAGACGUUGGGCGGCCACUACUCCCAAGGGACCAUCCUGGACUAUCUACUACCCUUCAAAAUGCAGCAGAUGGAAUUCUGUCCAAGUUCAAAUUUGUUCCCAUUCCAGGCCGAAAAAAGAGCCGGCAUCCUCGAAACGCCACAGAUCCAAAUGCUUAUGACACAAGGUUCACCCACAAUCAAGGAGACACCAAAAAGGCCAUGCCAAUGGACACAGAGGUAUAUGAGAGUCCAUACGCAGACCCAGACGAACUCAGGAGCUCCACAGUGGAUCGCAACUGCCUCUUCUUGGAGGAUGGAGAGCUGGGCUCCGGGAACUUUGGUACAGUCAUGAAGGGCAUCUACAAGAUGAGGAAGACAGAAAAGCCUGUUGCAGUAAAAGUUCUGAAGAAUGAUGACCACAACCCGUCGGUGAGAGAGGAAAUGCUGCGAGAAGCCAACGUCAUGCAGCAGCUGGACAAUCCUUAUAUCGUCCGCAUGAUUGGCAUCUGUGAGGCAGAGAACCUCAUGCUGGUCAUGGAGCUGGCUGAGCUCGGACCUCUCAACAAGUUCCUACAGAAAAACAAGCAAACUAGCAUCAAGAACAUCACAGAGCUGGUCCAUCAGGUGUCUAUAGGGAUGAAGUACCUGGAGGAGCAUAACUUUGUCCACAGGGACCUUGCUGCCAGGAACGUGCUGCUUGUCACGCAGCACUAUGCCAAGAUCAGUGACUUUGGCCUCUCCAAAGCUGUCGCAGAGGAGCAGAACUAUUACAAGGCCAAGGGUCAUGGGAAGUGGCCAGUGAAAUGGUACGCUCCUGAAUGUAUCAACUACUUCAAGUUCUCAUCCAAAAGUGAUGUGUGGAGCUUUGGAGUGCUCAUGUGGGAGGCCUAUUCCUACGGCCAGAAACCAUACAAGGGAAUGAAAGGAAAUGAUGUCAUGCAGAUGAUCGAAAGUGGAAUGCGUAUGGACGCUCCACUGAACUGUCCACCAGAGAUAUUUGCCCUCAUGACAACUUGCUGGACAUACAAGGCAGAGGAAAGAGCUGGAUUCACUGUAGUUGAGCAAAGACUACGAGACUAUUAUUAUGACAUCGCACAGUGAUUCUUCACAUGGAUAUUAUGAGACUAUGCAAAAUGUUGGCUGAUGGAAAACUGAAUGUAACAAUGAACAAAUGAUUGGACAUGGUUUUGAAAUAUGAAUUCAUUUGUAAAACAUUAACUUCAACUGGAGUAACCAGCUGUAACAUCCAUGUUACAGCAAACAAACUAUAUAACUAAUGCAUUUGCUAGAAGUGUUUCAUAUCAGUGCAAUGUAUGUAUUAAAGAUUUACCAUUUCAAUGUCAUUAUAGCUUAACCUAAAAUCCUAGAAUAAAAGUUUAUUGUUUGAGAGUAA